UCCAAAUGCAUUCUGCUCUUUUUUCAGGCUACAGGAGUGGAUCAGGCAGUUGGCAUGAGUCUUGUUGUCUUCAGCCUCCUGCUGUUUACAUACUACUCUGUCUGGGUCAUCAUCCUGCCUUUCAUGGACAGUGAUCACAUUCUGCAUACGUAUUUUCUUCCUCGGGAGUACUCUGUAAUUCUCCCCGGCAUUGCAGCAGUAAUACUUCUUCUCUGUAUAGGGGCCUUCACUGCAGUUAUCAUGUGGAAGAACCGCAAGCCAAAGAAAGUGGACUGAUCUCUGGAUGUCAGAGUGACUGCUGUGGAUUUAACAAUGUGAAAAUAGCCUUGAUGCAGAAAACUCUGUGGUGUCCCUACAAGAGAAAUCAUACCUCCAACAUAUAAUUUCUAAUGAACAACUGCAAAAUGAUAUUAAGUUAAAGAAAAAACAACAUUCCUUAUAUUUAAUUUAUAUUUUAGUACAGUAAAAGUCAGUGUCUAUAACUAAGUGUUGAAUUUAAAAACCUUCAACUUGGUGCCCGAGUGGCAUAAACUACACUGAGAACGACUUAAAGCUAAAGAUGGACGGCACCAAUGAGAAUAACUUGAAACAACACAUUAAAACAUGCCAUGAUGUCGUCACUUGACUUUUUUUAUUGUCACUCGCUGUGUUUUUUCUAUCGGGCAGUAGACUGUUAAGAGGAAUUAAUUUAGCUCAAGGCUCUGAGGUGUUUUAUCAAAGUUAUAUUUAAUAGACCAAGAUUCAAUUAGCAUCCAGCUGAUAACCCUUCAGACCAACCACUGCAAAGCGAGAACUUGUCAGUAUUUUGUACUUCACAGCCGUCUCAAAAGAUUUAUGUCACUUCCACCUGUUCAGAUACCAUUCAGAAACAAAUGAAGACAACCCUGAUUAUAAGACCACACCCCCCCCUGUGGCAGAUAAGCAGGUUAUAGAGCAGUCGAAAACAUAUCUUAAUUGAUUAAGAUCUCAAUCAAUACAGCCUUGAAAUUGACUAAAUGGUUUGAAUUUUUCCCGACCAAGGACAUAUACGUACAUAUGGGAAUUCUUAAUUUAGGUGGUGCCUCACUUUCAGGCCUCCCAUAAUGCAUUACUCUCUGCAGGAUCUAAUGUUACACCGUUACUCUCCAUACCAAAAGAAAAUCUAAUGUUGUGAAUAUGUAAUUGUCUUGUUCUCAAUAUGGAUCUCAGAUAGAAGGAGGGGAAAUAUACGUUCCUGUGGUAACAAUGACAACAUGUUUGACUGGAUUAGAAGCAGCACAGGUCUUCAAAUAUGUAAAUAGUGAAAAUGUUUCAAUUGUAUUGGGUGAGAACGUUUUAAUUAUGUUAAUUAUUUUGAAAAUAAGCAAACAUUUUGUCUGGCUUGAAUAAAUUGAGGCUGGUGACGGGGCCAGUUGUCCUUUUUAUAUGUUCAAUAAAAUGUUGAUGCUG